AUGUCUCUCAUUAAAUCGGCUUUUUGGAGGCCAGCGGUCUUUUCAACAACUAAACCUGCUGCUUGGCUGUAUGCACGGUUAAUGUCCACAGCUUCUAAAAAGAACGCAACCUCCAUAGCAAACGAGGGAAAAACCAUUGCCAAUAAACAGCAACUUUAUGUCAUUGAUCAUCUGUCACCAGGGUCAAUCUUUUUUCUCCCACAUGGUGCCCGAAUUUUUAAUAGACUUGUCGAAUUCAUGCGUGCCCAACAACGCUGUUAUGGCUUUGAGGAGGUAGUCACUCCACUCAUUUACAAAGAUGAUCUUUGGAAAACUUCUGGUCAUUGGAAACACUACAAGGAUGAUAUGUUCCAGGUUUCAGCCCAACAUCACAAGGAUACCACUGCACAAACUACCUCCGAGGGAGAAACUCCUGAGACUACCACUCCUUCUGAGCCACAUACUCAUACAGGACCUAUUUCUGAUGAAGAUGCUCUUCAAAUCUAUGGCCUUAAGCCAAUGAACUGCCCAGGCCAUUGCGUCAUGUACUCUAAACACCCCCAUUCUUUCCGUGAUUUGCCUAUUCGCUACUCUGAUUUUUCUCCUCUUCACCGUAAUGAAUCAUCCGGAGCACUUUCCGGUCUUACUCGUGUUCGUAAAUUCCACCAAGAUGAUGGUCAUAUCUUUUGUCUUCCCUCCCAAAUCCAAGCUGAAAUCGAGGGUUGUCUCAAAAUGAUCCAAGCCUCAUAUUCUGUUUUUAAACUCAAUGAAUUUCGUUUUGUUCUUUCCACUAGACCAGAGUCUUAUGCCGGCUCUCUUGAAGUCUGGGAUAAGGCCGAGGAAAACCUAAAACAAGCUCUCAACAACUCAGGCCGCGAAUGGGAACUUAACCCAGGUGAUGGCGCCUUUUAUGGCCCUAAAAUUGACAUUCUUGUCAAGGACAACAAUGGAAAAGAACACCAAACUGCAACUAUCCAACUUGAUUUCCAGCUCCCUCAAAACUUUCAUCUCAAAUACGUCACCGGCUCUUCUACAACCGACUCUGCCACCGGCGCAAUUACUCCUGUCGAGGAAACCCCGGUCCUUAUUCACCGUGCUAUUUUUGGCUCACUUGAACGUUUCAUGGCCAUUCUUAUCGACCAUUUCAAUGGCCAUUGGCCCUUCUGGCUCAAUCCCCGCCAGGCAGUUAUCAUCCCCAUUGCUUCUCGUCACCACGAGUACGCUUCAGCCAUCUUUUCCCAGCUCUCGGGCAAAUAUAACUUUAAAUAUACAUACCCAAGCGUUUCAACUUCUGGUUCCACAGAUGCCAUUGUUCUUCCAGAGCUUCUUCACUCCCGCUACUUUAAUGUCGAUCUCUUUGAUGCUGACGAAACUGUGGGAGCCCGCACUAGACGUGCCAUCUCAGAAGGAUACAGCUACAUUAUUGUGGUUGGUGAUAAGGAAAUGGAGGACCGUAAGCUUAGCAUCCGCACUAGAGAAUCUAGAAAUACCCAGUACCUUGACAUUGACCAAACAAUUUCUAUGUUCAGUCAACUAGAAGACGCCUACCAAUGA